CGUCCUGACGAAUCAUCCGAGGUGUCAAGCUCGAAUCUGUCCGAUGUCCCCUCCCCACACUCUGUGAUGUGUCAUGGCUCCGGUGCCGAGCGGAGAUUGGAGGUCGGAGAUGGAGGCUGCUGCUGGCGGCACGUUGUGGCUGCAGAGUGAGCAGCUGGUCCCAGUCACCUCCCUCAGCGUUCUCGCUGGUUUCCUGCUGGUCUCUGUUUUGCUGCUGCUGUGUGCCAGCUGCAAGGGGCAGAAAAAAUCAACAAAUAUUUGCCCACUUGGAGACCAAGAAAACUUUGUGAAUGGAGUGUCGGAGAGGGAGACCAUCAGCCAAUCAGCAGAGAGUCCACUGACCGACGCAGCCGUCAGCACCUCUCACAACGGUCCUCUAACCAGCGGUACAAUCCUCACAGACACCCAGGACACCAGCCCUCAGCUGUCCGAGGAGGCGCUCUUCACUCAUUCAGAGCUCAGGUCCUCCAAGUGUCAUCAAGACCGAGAGCUUCCCAGCAUCCCUCCCAACUCUGCCCUCACAGAGGACAGACCCCCAGCCUCGGGGGACAACACCUACGAGAUGGUGAAGGAUAUUGCGGCGGCGUCACGUGACGUCAGCGUCGAGGACUCUCUGUACGAGACCGUCAAGGAGAUCAAAGACCCCCCCUCGCAAUCACUCCCCAACGGUACCGUCCAGCCGAGCCCCGACGACCCUCAGCCUCCUGUUCUCCUCAACGGCCGCCUCACCCCCUGCACCCCGGAGCGGGGGCCACUGUAUCCAGGGGUGGAGUACGCCUCUGUUGACCUGAAAAAGAAGAGCCGUCACAGCGCCGACAUGGAGGCCAAACGGCACUCUGAAAACACCGUUACCGCACCCCGCUCACACAAAGGUCUGGAAGAAUCGGAGGAGGACCUUCCUCCGCCGGUACCAGAGAAGGUUCUGAAUGAAAACGACAACCAGCCAGUGGUGGUGAACGGGCUGGUGGGGGCUGGGCUGCACAAUGGAGAGUUCCACUCUCCUGUGUCUGCUGCACCCGACUUCAACAACCCCUUCUUGUCGAAUAAUGAAUCAGCGGUGUACUCUGUGGUUAACAAGACAAACUGUGACGACGAAGACAAAGAGCACGACUACAGCAGCAUCGCCGAGCUCAAAGGGCUGGUCCCGGCCUCGUCUUCCAGCGACCUCUACGCCACGGUUCGAGACCUCCAAGAGCCCCAGCCGGGCGAGGACGGCACAGACCCUUGCUACGAAUCCAUCCGCAUCCGAAAGACCAGCAGCUCGGACGACGAUCUCAGGGGGGAGGCAGAGGGAGCGGACGAUGACAAGGCAGAGCACGACUAUGAAAACGUGGCGGAGCUGGAUCUCGGUCAAAACAUGUCCCGUCUUUGAGUUGCCCCCCACUCCCCUCUCACUGACGCAUCCCUCAAAAACAUCACUGUAGGACUCCAACGCAGCUGUUAAACAUGCACUGGUGUGGAGGGGGACUGCUCAGCUCCAUUACGAUCGCAUCAUCACAGCGUGGGUACGGUUUAUCAUGUCUUUUAUUUAUGAACGUGGGUACGAAUAAGCCUUAAAAACACUUGAUUGUGGAGACAAAAUGAAGUAAAACAUAUCCAGUCACACAUAUGCAGCACUGUAAAUGUCAGCAAGACGCUUUUAAUGCCCGUUUAAAAUAAGAUGCAUCAAGAAUUUAGUGCCAUAUGUUCAUGUAAAGUUGAUGCACUUACUGUAUUAUAUGAAGGUAUCGCUCUUUGUGCACCUCUCUCUGCAGCAGCUUCCCGUUGACUCGCUGACACGUCUUACCGAGGUGUCAGCUGGAGUAUUUCUGGGCUGUUCUCUGUCAGGUCUGCAACACUUCUGAUGUGUAUUCUCGCUACAUGUUCCUGUGAAAAGUUCUUGACACACACACAAAAAAAGCCAGUUGUUGGUCAAACAAAACAUCGGACAAAGCUACGUAUAUUUUUGAGCUUUACAGGAAAAGUACGAGAGUUUUCCACACAUUUGGAAAGCUUUCCUGGAACUGUUACAGCCCAAAACAACUUGUAACUUUUAUUUUUAUUGUAUUUUUUUUAUCCUAAUGUAUUUAUUUGAGAG